AUUGUAAUUGACGAGUUGUUACAGAAAGCGUGAAGAUUGAUUGCAUUUCUUUUGAUUGAUUAAAGAAAACGCAUAUGCAGCACUUCAGGGCUUGGGCAUUUUGAAUUGUGAAAGGCUACGACAAAAAGAUGGCCGCUCGUUUCGCUUCGUAUGUGCGAAAUCAAGAACACAUCCUGCCAAUUUUAGUUGCUGCUGGGACCAAUGGCACACGAUAUCUGCUCUGCGACGGCGCCAGCCAGUACUACUUCAAUACAGCAUCUUCGGAGCCGCGGCAGCACCAGGAUAACAUCAGAAAAGUAACGAACGGUAAUAAUGCUGUUGCUCGUGCGCUCAAGGACAGCGAAUCUCCCACAUCAUUCAAUAAAGAGCACGUCGUGAACGAGCACAGUUCUUCCAGGAAGGCUACGAGCAGUUGUUCUUCCACCACCAGCCCCAUAAGUUGGUCUCGUGCUUGCGCAUUCGGAUUGUUCGGUGCGAUCUAUGCAGGUGGGCCAGGGUAUGCGAUUUACAACAUUUUGUAUCCUAGACACCUCAAAUUCGUACAAGCGAAACCGUUACUCGGAAGUUUCUUCGACUGCCUAGUCCAGACACCGUUGGUCUUUCUCCCUGUAUUUUACCUUGUGAAGGAGUCGGUGUUGCUGCCGCCUGCAGCAGAGAAGACGAAGACGGAGGGUUCAAUCCUGGCUGGUUCAUCGUCGGCUUAUGGCAACGGCAAGUUUGAUUAUAGUGUACUAAGACUUUAAUUUUGUCACUGCGAGUCUUCACCUGCUUGUGAUGAGACCAAAGGGAAACCGACUCCGCUUCUUAGCCAUCAUCCCCCACUUCUAAAACCCACAGCGCGCCUUCCAGAAAUACACGGAAAAUGUUGUGCGAGAUACAGCGGUAGCUGGAGCAGUCUGGAUUCCCCUGAUGUAUGUGGCGUUCCGGUAUGUGCCUCUACGAUGGCGCUGGCCCUACAUGAGCGGAACCGGUGUCUUCUGGGCGUUCAUAUUCAAUUAUGUACAAUUUCAGUAGUUAUAUAUAUCGUUACUUCAAGUUGAGCAUACUCUUAUGUACAAUUUCAGUACGCAGAAACCUAACGUUUCCAUUUUCGCUGCACCAUCAUUCAUGUUGACUACAUCUACUCGAUCUUCACACUUGUGCUGGCUAUGAGAGGAGCCCGCAUGUACUGGAAAAAUCCCGAUACUUAAACGUAAUGUAAUGAUCAUACUCAAGAAUGUACUUAGACAGAACUUUACCGACCCAAACGAAAAUGUACUUACUAAUAAUUGAUGUAAGUGCGUCGACAAGAACAAGAUUAUCGCACAGAAAGCUCCUGAAUCCCUGUUGAGGGAAUCGGUUGUAUAGGACAAAAGCUGCAGUCGUGGGUGAACCACCGAAUCAAAAGUUCAUCAUAACAAUACCUGUCCUGAAAUGAGUGUCACCAAAAUUAUGCUGCUUCGUGGAG